CCUCCCCGGGUCGUGAUGCGCCGAGCGGGGGCGGCCCCGGGGCGGGGCGGGGUGGCCGCAGCUCCGGCACCGGCACUGGCUCUGUUCCGGGCGGACGGGGCGGGGCGGGCAGGGCUGGCAGCGCUUCGGGUGGGACAGGCAGCGCGGCGGGCAGCGAUGGAAGAGAAAACCAAAGGAGCAGCCAUUGGAGCCGCUGUCGGACUAGGAGUGGCCCUCGUUGGCAUCCCGGCAGGCAUCUGUGCGCUGGGGUUUACGGCAAGCGGCAUCGCGGCUGGGUCUGUGGCCGCCAAGAUGAUGUCAAUAGCUGCCAUAGCCAACAACGGAGGAGUGGCUGCCGGCAGCACCGUGGCUGUGCUGCAAUCGAUUGGAGCUGCAGGUUUCUCUCUUGGUGCCAAAAUUGGGCUAUCAUCUGCGCUGGGGUCGCUUGGUGCAACAGCUGGUGCCAGUCUGUUCGAGGGGAAGAAACCUCCAGGAGACAAAUGCAAGUAAAGCCAAGAAGGUGCCUGAGCCCGAGGUUUCUGCCAGGCAGCGUGGCAGGCGCUGCGAAGCCCCUGCAGACGCCCCAGCGACUCGGCCGCCCUCUUAAGAGCUAUGGAGCUACUUGAGCAUUGAGUGCAUUGAAACCAAUAAAGGUGGUUUGCAGGUGG